CUUAGCUAUGUCCCAGUUACACUGAGUUGAACAUCCAAGUCAUUCUCUAUUGAAGGUGCCGUGUGUGGGAGACCAGGACAAUACUGUGUAGACCAACCUUCAGGCUUGGAAGCAUUUGCUGGAGACUCAGUGACCUUCCCAUGCAGUUUUGUGUUCCCCAGAACUGUCACAGGAAUUACUAAUGUGGCCAUUAUCCUUCAUGCUGGUGGAGGGAAUUAUUGUGGGGCUCGUAUAUAUAACAGCGGGUACGGCAACACAACUCAGGGAUACCAGGGAAGGGUGUCACUGGUGGGAGAUCCAUGGACUCGGAAUGGGACCAUCACCCUGACCAAUGUAACCACAAGUGAUAUAAAGUCCUACUGCUGCCGUGUCCGACUUCUAAUUCCAAACAAGGAGACUGAGCAGUGGCAGAACGGAAGAGGCACUUGGCUAACUGUCAGGGGAGAGAAUGACAUGACUAUGCAUCAGCCUCCGUUCAUUCCUGCUCUGGUUGGUGACACGGUGACAAUUCCCUGUCAUUUCUCCAUCAGCGCCAAGAAGAAAAUCCAGAACAUGUCUCUAUCCAGUGUUCAGUGGAGCUUUAGUUCUCAGUAUAUAGACUAUGGGCCAGAUAUAUAUAACAGUGCCACGGGGACAGUACGCAGUGAGGACAAAGGGCGGAUGUCUCUGGCUGGGGAAGGCGGCGCAGCCAUACAAAUCAAACACGUGGGGCUCAGUGACAGCGGCUGGUACUGCUGUGGGGCACAAGUGACUGGAGAUGGACAAGUUUAUAGAACUGAGAGAGAGAGCGGAACCAACCUGAUCAUUACAGGCAAAACCAAUAGAAUGCAGAUCGAGCAGCCAAAGGAGGUCACAUUCCCAGACUCCCCUACUAUCAGCUGUAACUAUACAUUACCGGAGAAUGAAGAUCCCUUGUGGGUCGGGAUCUACUGGAUGUUUGGGGACCCACGUGAGGGCUUUGCCUACCACCCUGACCCAGAAUUAAUACACCCCCGGUACCGGGGCAAAACCAGACUGGUGGGUCAGUCAGACCUGUAUCUGGAAGAGGUGAAUGGAAUGGAUAACUCCUCCUUCUACUGCCGCGUGGCAAUGCGCCUGUGUAACUCUACUGAGGCAAACACCAUAGAAACUUUACUGGGGGAAGGAAAAGGGACACUUCUAAGGGUGAAUGUCCCUGAACCAACUUCUGCUCUCUACAUUCUUCUAAUUGUCAAAUGUGUGCUGAUCUGCAUUUUGAUUCCAUCUGGAAUUCUGGGCUAUAUUAAAAUAAAGGGAGAUAUUUAUUCUAUUUACCAGAUUCAAACCCAGUGACCCCAGUAGAAGAUAAUUUGCCUCGCUCUACCCUGUUCUUUCUUGAGCACAGGUCACAUGCCUGUGGCACCCUGGGAAAUGAAGAAUAUGGCUAGCCCCAUGGGGAAAACAGAUUACA